AUGUCGGCUGUUUAUUACCUGUGGGUCGCUGGUAAAUGCCAACCCGGGAAAGAGGACCUAAUCCCUAUCGAGAAUCCUGCUACCGGAGAGAUCUUUGCGAAAUGUCAUGCAGCAUCCGAGGAAGAUGUCGAUAAUGCGGUCCAGAUUGCGCACUCGGCAUACAAAUCUGGCAUAUGGUCACGGGCAUCUCGUCACAAACGAGCGGAAGUACUUGAAAAUUGUGCUGGCUGUCUUGAAGAAGCAUUGCCAGAAUUGAUCGAUUUUGAGGUGAAACAAACCGGUCGCGUAGUACGUGAGAUGAAAGCCCAGGUUCCGUCGCUUGUGCGAUGGUUUCAAUACUAUGCCUCGUUACUACGGGUGGAAGAGCGUUCCGUUCUUCCAACUACUGGCAAGCUUCACAACUUCACUGAAAGACUACCCCUGGGUGUUGUGGUGCAGAUCACCUCAUUCAAUCACCCUCUACUGAUUGCAGUGAAGAAACUAGCACCUGCUCUAGCAGCUGGGAAUAGUGUAAUAACCAAGCCGAGUGAGCUCACUCCCCUGACUACUCUCCUUUUAGGCAGAAUCCUUCAACGGGCAGGGAUUCCAGAUGGAGUUUUCACAGUUCUGCCUGGGUUUGGAUCAAAAACCGGGAGAUUCCUGGUUUCGCACCCAUUGGUGCGUAAGGUGGAUGUGACUGGAAGCACCGAUGCGGGGAAAGCGAUCGGAGCACUGGUGGGAGGCAAUCUGUGUCGAUAUACAGCCGAGCUGGGAGGCAAGGCACCGCUUUUACUCUUCCAUGACGCAGAUAUCGAUGUCGCAGUCAAUGGAGUUGCAUUUGGAAGCUAUAUUGCUAGCGGACAAACAUGUGUGGCAAGCACAAGAAUCCUUGUUGAUAACAGAAUUCUGGACCAAGUGUUACAGAAAUUGAAGACAAAGGUCGAGAGCAUUACUGCUCAAAUAGGGUCUCCUACAAAUAUCGACUCAGUGAUGGGCCCUCUUAUAUCUGAAAAACAAAUGAUCAAAGUACAAGAAUUGGUUGAUGAUGCUGUUGAGAAUGGAGCUGCGAUCCCUCUCGCUGGGGGCAAACGUCUAGUCGGAAGAAGCUCGCUAGAUGGAUCCAAUCUUUCGAAGGGAUAUUUCUUCGAACCCACUGUCCUAGUGCCAGGAAGAAAGGAUUUAACUACAGCAUCUAUUUGGCGCCGUGAAGCAUUCGGUCCUGUUAUUGUUGUGCUUGGCUUUGACACGGAAGAGCAGGCCGUUUAUUUAGCGAACGAUACAGACUUUGGCCUCGGGGCAGGUAUCUGGACCAAAGACCUUUCGCGAGCUUUUCGAAUAUCCGAAAUGAUCGAGGCCGGAAUCGUCUGGGUCAAUACUCAUCAUCGAAAUGACCCCAGUAGCCCGUGGGGAGGUGCAAAGUCAGCCAGUGGAGUUGGCAGUGAAAAUGGAGUCGAUGCUUACCAUGAUUACACUUCCACCAAGAGCACAAUUAUAAACUUCGCUCGGCCUGAGGAAUCGUUGGAUAUGGAUGACUGGUUUGGAAAAUCCGCCAAAAAUGUCCGGUACGGGUAG